UCAUACUUAUUUGUUUACAUAAAAGACCAUAUGUUUUGCUAACAUCCCUGACAUCCAUCCGUUCACAUAGGUUUGUUGUGUUAUACGGAAAUAAUUCUAAAUUAUGUAAAUUGUGCAAAAAUUCAAUUUAUCCCGGUUUAUAAAAUGGAACUGGAAGAUUUUUAUAUAAAUGAGGAAAGAACUCUUACGAGUGAAGAUAAAGAAAAGUUACUAAAUCAAAAUAAACGUUUAGUAUCGGACUUUCAAGCGCGUAAACUAGAGGCAGAAGCACAGAAGCAUUGGGAUUUAUUUUAUAAACGCAACGAAACCCGCUUUUUCAAAGAUCGCCAUUGGACAACACGUGAAUUCAAAGAGCUUCUAGCCGUCGAUAACGAAACGCCAGAUAUACAAAAUCUAUUAGAAGUGGGUUGUGGCGUCGGCAAUUUUGUAUAUCCGCUAAUCGAGGAACUUGAUGUUUUACAUCAAGCCAACAAGUUCUUUUAUUAUGUUUGCGAUUUUUCACCGAGAGCCGUACAGUUUGUGCGUAAUCAUCCCCUCUACGAUGACAAACGUAUAUUAGCAUUUCAAUGUGAUAUAACGACCGAGGAUAUCCAACAGCACAUAGCACCCGGCUCAAUUGAUAUAAUAACGAUGAUUUUCGUCUUGUCCGCUAUCACUCCAGAGAAGUUUUUAUUGGUUAUCAAGAAUUUACACAAGUUACUGAAAAUUAAUGGUGUAGUGUUGUUUCGUGAUUACGGUCUUUACGAUAUGGCCCAACUAAGGUUUAAAUCAGGACACAAAAUAAUAGAUAAUUUUUAUAUGCGCCAGGAUGGAACGCGUAGUUAUUACUUCGAGAAGAAUGAAUUAGCCAAAUUGUUUUUAGCGAGUGGCUUUGAGAUUCUUAGCAAUACGUAUAUUCAUCGACGCACCUUAAAUGUGAAAGAAGGAAUUGAUGUGCCGCGUAUAUACGUGCAGAGUAAAUUUAGAAAAUUAUGAAACUAAAUUAAGAACCCUCAAAGACAUACUUAAUUUAGUUAUAUUCUUGCUGGGCGUUUAUCUAACCGCCGAACUGAAACUUUAUUUUUUUAAAUUACUAUUUUAUGCCGUUCGCAACACAUAAAUUCCUCAUUAGAUUAAGGCAAUAUUUUCACUGGUUGAACCAAUUUUUGGAACAAUAAUCAUUGAUUAAUCAAUUUUGUAUUUGAAAAUGAACCGGUCGAAAGAAACAUCUAUAUACGUGAAUUAAUUUCCAUUUUCAACAAGUAAACAAGCGAAACAUUUGCUUCAUCGGUUCGGAAAUUGAUGCGUUGUUACCAUUCAUUGUGUGAGUAGGUCGUAGGAAGUUCUCUGAUGAUAGUAGACAUCCAUCAUAGACAUCUAUCAUAUCAUCGAAUACAAUACCAUGUCGAGUACUCUUUAAUCUCCUUGUGGCUAUUUUUUUUCGCAAAUGGAAAAUUGUCACUUGUCUGAUCCAUCCUGCUAUAAAUACUACUUAUUUAAAUGUUUUGAAGCCUUUCAACAAUUAGUCAUCGCUUAAAGCUUUUCACGAAAGGGUUUACUCGACAAUUCUCCACUGUCGGGAAUUUUCAGCUUGCAUUCAAAAGCAAGUCUUAAUGAAUUUCCCAUUUCGACCACAUACUAUUUGCGGUAUAAGGGUAUAUUGAGUGUGUGUGAAUGUAUUCGAUACGCAGAACCACGUUCUAUUAUAUCGAUCGAUUCAGAAUCACUUUCUGUGUCGAUCUAAGCUCAUCUGUCCAUCUAUCUUGCUUUUUUUCCGUUGAACCUAAAGGUUUUUAGGUUAAAGGUUACAGGUUUUUGGUUCGAAUGGAAAGUGUCGUCAACAUUUUGCGAGAAUAGAGGAGCAUUUCCUGAAGAUUAAGGCAAUACCAUCAAAAAAUUUUCAAGUAAACUUACGAAACCGCGAGAUAAACGGAAAUGCUAGUGGUAUAACGUGUAAAACCGAAGGAAUUAAUUCAUGCAUUAAAAUAAAAGUGAAAUCCAUUUCAUUCCAUUCUAGUGAUCUUUGACAGAUAUCGAUAUGAACGCUGACCCUAACAUUUCUUUGACAAACCUUUAAUUGACAGAAUAGAAAACUGCUUCAUGUAUUGCUUGUCCAAUAUUCGCUUUUAAGCGAAUAUAGCUUUCUUAUUUCGUUUUUAAUCUUUAUCCUUAAUAUCC